GAAAGGCGCUUAAAACCAGCUCCCACAUUUAUUCCGAAUUCGCCAUGAGAAGCCUGCUUCGACUCAAAGACAAGAUAUCAAGUGAAUGGACAACCAGACAUCACAAUGAAAGAAAUCAAGCCAGGAAUAGCCGAUGCUGAACUCAUGCUUCAGCUGAGUUUUUCGAGUGUUUCCUGACAUGCAUUUGUGCCUGCAGACCUUCACAGCUGAAGAAUGGGGCUCAACUUGACACUUGCCAAACUACCAAGUCAUGAGCCACAAGGUCAAGGGCGUCACCCUGCCAACGGCAGCAGCGGGGUCUCCGGGGAGAACGGCACGGCUCUUGACGAGUUCGGCACCAUCGUGCUGCCGGCGCUGUACCUCGUCAUUUUUGUAGCGAGCAUCCUGCUGAACGGCCUGGCCGUGUGGGUCUUCUUCCACAUUCGGAAUAAAACCAGCUUCAUUUUUUACCUGAAGAACAUAGUGGUGGCCGACCUCAUCAUGACGCUGACGUUCCCGUUCCGCAUCGUGCGCGGGGCGGGCCUCGGGCCCUGGUACCUGGAGUUCAUCCUGUGCAGGUACACGUCCGUGCUGUUCUACGCCAACAUGUACACGUCCAUCGUGUUUCUCGGGCUGGUCAGCAUCGACCGCUACCUGAAGGUGGUGAAGCCCUUCGGCGAGUCCCGCAUGUACAGCGUCACCUUCACCAAGGUCGCGUCCGUCUGCGUGUGGGCGGUCAUGGCCGCGCUGUCCUUGCCAGACAUCAUCCUAACGAGCGGCCAGCCAACGAGGGAAAACGUGAGUGACUGCAUGAAACUGAAAAGUCCUCUGGGGGUCACGUGGCACCAGGCGGUCACCUACGUCCACAGCUGCUUGUUUGUGGCUGUGCUGGUGAUUCUGAUCGGCUGCUACGUGGCCAUCUCCAGGUACAUCCACAAGUCCAGCAGGCGGUUCAUCAGCCAGUCCAGCCGCAAGCGGAAGCACAACCAGAGCAUCCGGGCGGUGGUGGCCGUCUUCUUCACCUGCUUCCUCCCCUACCACGUGUGCACCAUUCCCUUUGCCUCCGGCCACCUAGACCGGCUGCCAGACGCGCCCCUAGGCCAGGUCCUCUACUACUGCACGGAGAUGGCGCUCUUCUUAUCGGCCUGCAACGUGUGCCUGGAUCCCAUCAUUUACUUUUUCAUGUGCCGCUCCUUCUCAAGAAGGCUCUUUAAGAAGUCCAAUAUAAGAACGCGGAGCGAAAGCAUCAGGUCUCUGCAGAGCGUGCGGCGGUCAGAAGUGCGCAUUUAUUACGACUACACGGACGUGUAG